UAAGAGAGCGGUUGGUUGGGCUAAGGUCCAGCGAAGCCACCAGUGAGCCAGCCCCUCAGCAGCACUACCCAGUGGACUCACGCUCCCGCUCUCCUCCACUCCCCUGCCACCCCCCAAGCCACUGAAGGGGAAAGAAACAAGAGAGUCGAAGAAAGAAAAAGAGCGAAGAGGAACGACCAAAAAGAAAAGACGGAUACGAUCGACCCAGAGAAGCUCAACCCUGGCUGCAGAACCAAGCGGAAAAAGAGUGUCGGAGAGGGGGAGCGUCGGACGAGAAGACUGACAACACAAGGAGGGAGAACGGGAGUGAUCUUCGAGCGCCAAGCUGCAGCCGGUCCAAGCCAGUGGAAUGGACCCAGGUGUUUGUAGGAUUAACCCACUCCUGCCCACCGUGCAGUCCGAGGAGGAAGGCUGAGACGACUCCACCGACACCAUCCCUCCUGAAUGAGGAUGAACGGAGAUGUUCUCUAGCUGAGCCGCAACACACCACCCGUUGGCCCACCCUCUCCCCCCACGUCCAGCGCUGCACCAAGGAGUCAGCCGUCGCUGCUAGCUCAGUGGCCGUGGAGGAGGAGGUGGUGGAGGAGGAGAGCCGGUCGCUCCCGCCCACGGGCACCGACGGCGCUGUAGCCGGCGAGGAGCAGCGGUACGCGGAGGAGGAGAGAGGGGAGGGAGAGGUGGCGACCACCCAGCGCAUGGCCGUGCAGAGGCUGGUAGUGGCGGCGGUGGCGGUGGCCCUGCUGUCCCUGGUCCUCAACAACGUGGCGGCCUUCACCCCCAGCUGGGUGCUGCAAGCCCUGGAGGACGGACGCAAGCGCAGCGUGGGGCUGUGGAGGAUGUGUCCCACCGGGGGGGAGCGGGGCCGCGAGGACCCCGGGGCGGGGAGGAGGGGCCAGGGACAGAGACAGUGUGAGGGCCUGGGAUGGGGCUCCGAGUUCGCAGGGUACCAGGAGUCCCGCACCUCGGUGAAACUGCAGUUCGACAUGAUGCGGGCCUGUAACCUGAUGGCCACCGUAGCUCUGACGGCGGGCCAGCUCAUCUUCCUGCUGGGCCUGAUGGAGCUGCCCUUCAUCACCCAGGACUCCCAGUGGUGGGAGGAAGCCAUCGCCGCCCUCUUCCAGCUGGCCAGUUUCGUGCUGGUGAUCGGCCUGGUGACCUUCUACAGAAUCGGUCCGUACACUCAUCUGUCCUACUCGUGCUACGUGGACAUCGCCGCCUGUCUGCUGGCCACCCUGGCUGCAGCUAUGCUCAUCUGGAACAUCCUGCACCGCCGAGACGACUGCCUCACGCCCCGGGUCAUCGUCAUCAGCCGCUCGCUAGCGGCGCCCUUCCACCCGCGGCGCGACAACGACUACGUGGAGUCGCCCUGCUGAGGUGUGGCCCUUGAACACACAGACACUUCACAGGCCAGAGAAAACGGACAAUGCUCUGAGCUGUGCACACAAUUUCAUUCCUAAAUAUCUGGAAGCAGGGACGCUGAUAAAAAAAAGUUGAUUCCAUUUUGGUUCCCCAUCUCUCCCCAUUUUGGUUGUCAGUUUUUUCCUUCAAGUUCACCCCCCCCCCCCCCCCCCCCCCCCCCACACCCCCCCGGACACUGGGGCUGUGGAUAGUCAGUCAGGCCCACUUUGACGCCCCCGUCUGGAAUUGUGGAGGAAAGGACACUCUGCAGCUCUACUAGUGCUGGACUGUAAUCUGGUGCUGGACUGUAAUCUGGUGCUGGACUGUAGUCUGGUGCUGGACUGUACUCUGGUACUGGGCUGUAGUCUGGUACUGGACUGUACUCUGGUACUGGGCUGUAAUCUGGUACUGGACUGUACUCUGGUACUGGACUGUAGUCUAGUGCUGGACUGUAGUCUGGUGCUGGACUGUAAUCUGGUACUGGACUGUACUCUGGUACUGGACUGUAGUCUGGUGUUGGACUGUAGUCUGGUGCUGGACUGUAAUCUGGUGCUGGACUGUAGUCUGGUGCUGGACUGUACUCUGGUGCUGGGCAGAUCACCUUCUCCCUUUCCUCCAUCACAAACCAUGCCUCACAGAUCACCUCUGCUUUUGUCUGCUACUUCAACAGAAGGUCUGGACAUCCCGUUGUUUUGUUUCCCGUUAUCUACAAACGGAAUCCAAUCCAUACAGCAAACAUACGUCUCCGAAAUGACAAAACAGUUAUGUAUCAAUCAAAACAUAGGAUGUGGUGAAUUUAUUGUUUCGGUAAACAUGUUAGUCACUAAAGCUGAGAUGUGAUGAAUGUUUGUUUGACCUGGAAUCUGGACUGGCAUUUCCUGUAUGUCUGAAACGCCCCUUCUUAGGAAAAGAUCAAGCUGGAUCUUGACAUGUUUUUGUUAUAUGUGCACUUACGUAAUGACACAUACUUCCUGCAAAUUGUUUAUCUAUAUUAUUAUUAUAAAUAUUAAAAGCGACUUUAGAGUUAUAACCUGAGAUAGCAUCGACUUGAAAAAUGAGUUAACCCCAUCCUGCAGUAUCCACACAAAUACCGUCUAACGUAGUAUUCUAAAACUGACCUGGGUGAUUUGGCACAAAUUCAUUCUUGUUUACUAUUCAAACCACAAAAGCUUGAUAACAAUGUGACGUGUUCUGAAAAAGCUGGGAAUAUAUUAACUACCCACAUUAAAACCACUUCACAUGCUCAGUGAUUAGUCCAAUAAGCCUGUUUUCGACUAGGUUUGCUCAAAAUGGCAGUGCAGCUUGUUGAACAGUGGUAGUAAAUACAACAAUUCCCUUGAACAUUUAUGCUCAUUUAUGUAGUGGUGCUUUCCUUUUGGUAAUCUGCUCGCUUGUGGUACAUGUACUGAAGUUAAUGUCAUACAAUUGUAUGGUAGUGUUGCUGUUAUAUUGCUAUCAUAUUACACCGCUGAUAGAAAAGUGUGACAGUCAUUUUUUUAUAAACAAAUGGAGGGUGUGCAUGAAAGAACAGAUGACUGACACCAAAACAAUAAAUGUAUGGAUAGGCAUCCAGAUAUAUUGGA